AGAGCAGAGCUGGUGUAGUAAAGUACUUCCAUACAGAACCACGACACAUUAAACCCGCUCUAACACCAGAUUCACACAGCUGUUACACAGCGCUGUGGUUUACAACCGAAGCUGCUACCUGUCACCACACGGACCGCUGCAAACGGUCACGAGUCUUCUGUUCCUGCUGGAGUGAGAUGCACUGAGACUUGGCCUACGCUAGUCUGUCUCUCUUUCUCGGCUCGGUUCCAAAGGUGUGGUCAGCGAUGCAGUUGCCGUGGAGACUAGGCCUCGCCUUCUUUUUGGUGGUGCUCAUCAACAAAUCAAGACAUUUUACCAAGGCUCUUGAUAUUCCGCUGGAGAUUGAGCAGCCGCCCAAGAUAACAGAGCAGACUCCGGCCUCUCUGAUUGCUUUUCCCUUUGAAGAGAGCUUUGCUGUGAGGUGUGAAGCCAGGAGCAACCCUAAUCCACAAUUCAAGUGGACAAAGAAUGGGGUGGAAUUUGAUCCAUAUCAGGACCCCCAGUUAAUAACUAAUGAAGAUUCUGGGACAUUUGUGAUUCCUAAUAAUGGGAACCUUACUGAAUACCAGGGCAUUUAUCGCUGUUACUCCUCCAACAAGCUUGGAACAGCCAUGUCAGAGGAAAUUGAAUUCAUCAUUCCCAAUGUUCCCAAGUUCCCAAAAGAGAAAAUUGAUCCAAUCGAGGUCGAAGUGGGUCAGCUGGUUAUUCUUCAAUGCAACCCACCUAAAGGAAUUCCUCCGAUGGAAAUCUUCUGGAUGACUACUGGCCUGCAGCAUAUAGAGCAGGAUGAGAGAGUGUCCGUGGGGCUGAAUGGGGAUCUCUAUUUCUCCAACGCCAUUCAGACGGACAGCCGGCGAGAUUACGGCUGCUUUGCCUCCUUCCCACGCAUACGCACCAUCGUCCAGAAAACUGCCAUGACUCUAAAUGUUAUCAGCACCAAGUCGAGGCACUCUGGUAGCAAAAGAGGAACCGCAAACGGAUUGCUAGAUCGGAAGCCUAAUCUUCUGUCGCCCUCUGGUGACCAAUCAUACGAACAUCUGGUGAAAGGCGAGGAACUGCUGUUGGAAUGCAUCGCUGAAGGCUUUCCAACACCAAGGAUCGAGUGGAGCAAGGCAGGAGAGAAACUACCAAAAGGGACUGUGGUAAAAAAUCACGGAAAGCUGCUCACCAUCGAUGAAGUGAACAAAGAUGAUGAAGGGAAAUACAUGUGCAAAGCAAAAAAUGCUCAUGGAGAAGCUGUACAUUACUUCCAUGUAACAGUAGAAGAACCUCCUAAGUGGGAUAUUGAACCCAAGGACCAGUUGAAUGUUAUCGGAGCUAAUGUUGUUAUCAAAUGUGCUGCAUCUGGCAACCCAAAACCUGAUGUGAAAUGGAUGGUGAACGGGCGCCCUCUCAGUGAAGUUCCAGAUGCCAGCAGAGAAAUAUAUGAUGACACAAUCAUGAUCCACAAUGCCAGUCCCAGUGACAGUGCAGUCUAUCAGUGUGAAGCCUCGAACAGACAUGGAACUAUACUAGCCAAUGCUAACAUUAUGGUCAUGAAUCUGCAUCCAAUGAUCCUGACAGAAGACGGUCUUCAGUAUUCUGCUGUGGAGGGGAAACGAGUCAUCAUGAACUGCAAGGUUUUCAGCUCACCACCCUCAGAUAUCAGUUGGAGCAAGGUGGAUACUACCAGCACUGUAGAGGGGCCGAGGUUCGUCAUGCAUGAGAAUGGGUCACUGGAGAUUGUUAAUGUGGAAAAGGAGGAUGAGGGCGAGUACACAUGCUUUACUGAAAACACAGAGGGCAAAUCUGCCAUCAGUGCAAUUCUGGAAGUCAAAGAUCCAACUAAAAUUGUAAGCGCUCCUCAGGACUUGCGUGUGAUGGUAGGAACCACAGCUGAGUUCUUAUGUCAGGCUGAGGUAGACCCUUCCUUCACUAAGGACUUUGAGAUGAUCUGGAAGAAAGAUGACAUCGCUCUUAAUGACAGUAUGAGCACUAGGUACGUUGUGGAUGAUGAGCUGCUGCAGAUCAUUAAUGUGAGCUUUAGGGACCAAGGUGUGUACAUGUGUGUGGCUAGGAGUCCAGUGGAUCAGGACUUUGCAUUGGCGCAGCUUACAGUGCUGGAUGUGCCAGACACUCCCGAAGAUGUGGUGCUUGCUGAACGCAAGGACAGAGUUGUAAAGCUGGAAUGGAUCCCGGGAGAUGACCAUAACAGCAUGACCGCAGAGUUCAUCAUUGAGUAUGAGGAGAGCAAGUGGGAGCCAGGAAGAUGGAAGGAGCUUGUUCGAGUGCCAGGCAAUCAACACUCAACUGUACUUCAGCUCUAUGGACACGUGGACUACAGCUUCCGUGUCACAGCUGUAAAUGCGGUUGGAAAAGGGCGACCCAGCAGAGCUACUGAGAGAUACAAAACCCCAGCAUCAGCGCCUGACAAGAACCCUGAAAAUGUCAAGAUCGAAGCUCAUUUGCCACAUGAAAUGAAUAUCAACUGGAAGCCUCUGACUCCUAUUGAACACAAUGGACCCGGUUUGGAGUACAAGUUGAGCUACCGAAAACAAGGAACUGAAGAGGUGUGGCAGGAGCACAUGGUAAAAAGACACUCAUUCGUGGUGGAGAACACCCCAACAUUCAUCCCUUAUGAGAUCAAGAUCCAGACUAAGAACCAUGCUGGCUGGGCUCCUGAUCCGGAGGUCAUAGUAGCAUACUCUGGAGAAGACUUCCCAUCAGCAGCUCCAGGUGACAUGGCAGUGGAGGUGAUGAACAACACAAUGGUGAAUGUCAGCUGGAGCCAUGUUCACAAGGACAAAUUGCAUGGACAUCUGGGAGGCUACAGGGUAAAGUGGUGGCGUCUGCGCAGUCUGCUGAAUUCGAAAAAGAUGCCUGGUAAUAGCCACUUGCUGAUGUUUCCCGGAGAGAAGAACUAUGCACUUAUCCCAGGACUUCGGCCCUUUUCUGAAUAUAGCCUCGUUUGCAUGGCCUACAAUGGACGAGGCAAUGGACCUGAAAGCCACCCCAUUACUUUUAAAACCCCAGAGGGAGUUCCAGACCAGCCUGUGUCUCUCAGAGCUACAGAUAUUCAGAAGCAUACAGUCACACUGAGCUGGUCUCCUCCAGCAGAGAGCAACGGAGUUCUAACCGGAUGCGUCCUGCAAUACCAGCUAAUUAACAACACGGAGGAAAUAGAACCUCUCCAGUCAGUAAACAUAAGCAACGCUGGUACGACUAAGUGGCUCCUGAAGGACCUGGAGCCUUUGAGCCGGUACAGAUUCUACCUUUAUUACUGUACACGAGUAGGCUGUGGCCCAGCAAUCAGCGAGGAGUGCACCACGGUCCCUGAAGCAAGUUUGGCGAGCAUACACAGCGGCAUCUCGAAUCAGGGUUGGUUCAUUGGACUAAUGUGCGCCGUGACCCUGCUCACACUCAUCAUACUCGUUGCCUGCUUCGUGAACAGGAACAAAGGAGGAAAGUAUUCCGUGAAAGAAAAAGAGGACCUCCAUCCUGACUUGGAGUCUCAGGGAAUAAAUGAUGACACCUUCUGUGAAUACAGCGAUAACGAUGAGAAACCCCUAAAGGGCAGCCAGAACUCGUUAGUCGGGGACAUGAAGAGAGGGGACAGCGGGGACAGCAUCGUGGACUACGGUGAAGAGGAUGGCCAGUUCAACGAGGACGGGUCCUUCAUCGGAGAAUAUGCUGUCCGCAAAAACAGGUCAUCUGUGGAAAUCAAGGGAACCAAUCAGAGCACUGCGUAAAAGACGUUUGUUUUGGACUUUGCUUACUAGAUUUUGUCUCAAGGACUCAAAGGGAAAAAUGUUUAAUUAAAAUGUAAGAAUUUAUGUGGUUUUUGUCAAUCAUGCUUCUUGCUUUCAUUAUUUUAAAUGCUUAGCUUCCCACAUUCUG